AUGAAGAGAACGAUAGAGACGAUCAUCAAGACGAUCAUUGGGACACUCAUCAAGAAGAUAAUCCGGAAGAUCAUCCAGAAGAUCAUAGAGACUGAUGUACAGAAUUUUGAUUUUACCUCAGAAAAUAAACUAGAACUAGUUAAACUGUCUAUAUUUCAUUUGUCGUCUGCACAGGUCUUGACUAAGACUUCUCCUCCUGAGAUUCCCAAAGAGACAAUCAGACCUCUGCCCAGCUCCGCCUCCUCCAACUCCAGCAGAGCUUCAGAUGGGGGCAGUGAGAGUGGAAGUCCUGCAUCACUAUCCACCAAGCAGCUGGUCCACAUCGCUGCUGACAUCCAGAAACUGCAGGAGCAGAUCCCUGAGUUGUCAGAAAUAAUCAGAAAGCGUUUGGAAGCCAUUGGGUUUAAGAACUUUGCCCUUGUGGAAGAUGCUCUUGCCGACUCUAAGACCUGCCUGUCCAGCAGCAUUCCCACUCUGAACACUAAGAUGACACAGCAUCUGACAGAACGCUGCUGCCGCUUCCUCAAAAGUGCCUCAGAGGUUCCGCGACUCUACCGCCGGACAAAUAAGGACGUACCCGUGCGAGCAUCAGCGUACAUGGACAACGCCUUACGUCCUCUACAUCAGUUGUUGACCGACUCAUCGGGGCUGGUCACACCGUCCACUGCACAGGAGUGGCUGAGAGUUACACUUUGUGACUGCACACAGAGGUACUUUGAGACAAUCUCAGACGUGCUGAGCUCCGUGAGGAAAAUGGAGGAGAGUCUGAAACGGCUGAAACAAGCCAGAAAGGGCGGAGCCACAGCGAGUGCAGCAGGAUCAAACGGAGGCCUCACUGAUGAUGGCAAGAUCCGCCUGCAGCUGGCACUGGACGUGGAAUAUCUGGGAGAGCAGAUCCAGAAGAUGGGUCUACAGCCAGCUGACAUCUCCAUGUUCUCCCCUCUGACGGACCUCGUGAAAGAGGCUCGAGAACUUGGCGAGCAAAACCAGUAAAGUAAAACUCUAGCUGCACUGAUUCCUGCGAUCAUGAAGGUU